GUUUAGAAAGUCGUGCAAUGAUUGUAAGUUUUUUUUUGUUUGACAAGCUCAAAAUGGCUUUCUUUAUCACGUGAUCUUGUAUUCAUUUGUCUAAAUGCAGGAUUUAAAUUUGGCCACUGUAUUUUGGCUUGCUGAGAUUUCCUAUCUAGAUCUGUAAGAUGGAGCUGCACACCAUUCUGAUGAUACUACUUCCGGUAGCUGUGCUGGGUCAGGUUGACCUGAAUGCACUUGCAAGGGACACCUUCUACAAGAUGGAUGUCAGUCAAGAUGGACUAGUCACUAGAAUCGAGCUGGCCGGAUACUUCAAUAGAAUGGAUCAAAACGGAGACGCUAAAAUUUCCAAACACGAAUACACAGAUUACAUUACUGACAUAUAUGGCCACAGUCCGGACUUGAACCACUACGUUCAUACAAUCUACGAUAACUUGGACUACAACAACGACCAUCAUGUUGAUCAAUUAGACUACAACAGAAACUUUGACCGAGCCGACACCAACUUUGAUGAUUUUGUCGACGAGGAUGAAUUUAACAGAUUAUUCAUGGCACUCGCUCAGUAAGGAACAGUGCUGAUAGUAAUAAUGGCAGUGAAUGACCACACACGCACACACAACAAAAGCUCGAUGUUAAGAAAGUCCAUGAACUUCGAUUUACAGAAAAGGAAUUUUUAAAUUUUUCCAAAUCUUUUAAAUAAAAAUUUUAUUUUUUUA